AUGGCCUCAUCGACAUUCGGGCGAACGAUCACAGCCGGUAUCCUGGUGGCGUGCGCGGUCUUUGGCGGGUACGCCACGUUCGGAGCCUCCCACAAAAAUGGGUUGCUGGAUGCUCUGGCAAGCAGUUCCGGUUACCAGGCCACCAAGAAAUACUUCUUAGGUGGUCCGACUCCAUACAAGACUACCUACACCGGCAUCGAGCUGAUCGAUAAUCACUUGGCUGUCUUGAUCGGAUUCUUCGUGAUCCUAAUCGACGGCCCGGCGACAUGGGAUGUGGCGGUAGCAUACUGGCUUCUCAUGGCUGAGGUCUGCGCGGCUUGGUUGUUCAUCAGACUUGAGGGAUAUAGAGGGGGUAAUAGCCGGCACGGCCGCAUCGUGAGUUGGACUGGAACCUUCGGCGUCCUCAUGCAGAACAUCACCAUAGCCAUCACGUCGCCCAUCUACUUCCUGAUUCACCUUCUCACGUCUCCAACGAGCGGCAGCAACCCAACCCCAGAGGACCUCGCUGUCGACCCGAGCGAUUCCACGCCGCUGCUGCAUAACGCCGUCCUCUCGUUCAUUGUCCCAGCCGUGCUCAUGAGCCUGCCCUCCCCAUCGUUCCUCCCUGCAGACGCUCACUACAAGUGUGUGGCAAUGUGGCAGGUCUUCCCUAUCACGGACACAGUCUGCCACUACAUCAUGAAGAGUUUCCUGCCGGACGCGAACGAACGCCUCACGGCCGCCGGAGCCCGCGCCCUCGUCACAAGCGCCUAUCGCGUUAUCCUCUACAUGUGCUUCGUCCCUCGCACUAUCGCCAUGGCGGUCGCUCUAACCCCCGCGGCCCUGGUCCCAGAGGAAUUGAAGGCCAUCUUCGAGCAACUCACCCUCAAGUCGUUGUUCGUCCCCUCCUGGCCGUGGGACUCUCCGAUGGCAGGUGACCCGGGCUCGCCUGCUGGAAAGCCCGAGCUUGCCAAGCUGUUCCUGCAGUGGGAUGUGGCAUCCGCCGGGACUGCUAUUUUGGCGUGGGCUGUCUUUGUGUACCUGGCUGCCCUGCCCGGCAAGAGUCUGCUCCGAGACGUGGUGCCUAAGGUAUUGGGUUAUGGGGUCGUCGGUGGUCCGGUGGCUGCUGCUACUAUGCUGGUUAUGGAGAGGGAUGCGGCUGUGUUUGGACGGGCUGGACGGGAUAAGAAGAAGUGA